AUGGGGUCGUGUGUGUCCAAGCCGACCGCCAGCGGCGCAGCAGCGCCAACAACUGACGCCUUGCUGGACCUGCAGCAGCGCCUCGCUGCGGCGGAGGAGCAGCUGCGUGCGCUGCGGCUCGCCCAGGCUCAGGUUGAACAGCAGCAGCAGUUCAAGGAGAAGGAGAAGGAGCAGGAGAAGCUGCAGCGGCCAGAGCAGUCCAGGGCGCUGGUGGUGGCCGCAGCCACCAACGGGGCGGGUGCGCCCAGGGCUGCGCCGCCGCUCGACGCGCAGUCGCCCGCGCCGCCCAGAGUGUCCGACGCCAGCGGCCACAGCGGCGCCGCCGCGCCGCCGACCCCGCCGGCGCGCCAGGGCAGCGGCGGCGCGCUCGCGCAGGCGCUGUCGGCAGUGGCCGUCCCGCCCGCGCCGCCGUCGGCGGUGCCGCUGCCGGCGGCGGUGCCCAUGGAGACGACCCGCAUCGUCAUGAAUCAGAUCGUGGCCCCCUCAGAAUGCGACGGCCUGGGCAUCUGCACCGGCGGCCAGGUGCUCUCCUGGAUUGACGUCUGCGCGGGGCUGUCCGCCAAGACCCUCGCGCGCGGCCCCUGCGUCACCAUCAGCGUCGACGCGGUGCACUUUAUCCGGCCCUGCAGGCUGGGGCAGGUGGUGAUCGUGGCGGCCAUGGUCAACCGCACGUUCAGCAGCAGCAUGGAGGUCGGCGUGCGCGUCGAGGCUGAGGACAUGCGCACCGGCGUGCGCUACCACUGCUGCAGCGCGUACCUCACAUUUGUGUCCCUCAGGGGCCGCGCCCAGCGCGGCGCCGCGGCCGCCGCGGCUGCGUCCGCCGCCGCGGCCACCACGCCGGCGGCGGCGCUGGUGGCCCAGGAUUCGAAGUCGCGGCCCCUGCCGCGCAUCGUGCCCGCGGGCCCAGAGCAGCAGGCCACCUACGAGCAGGCGGAGGGCCGCAGGCAGGCGCGCCUCGCACGACGGCAGUCGCUGGCGUCGGACCCGAGGCGCGCGGAGGAGGUGGAGAACUCGCGGCUGCGGCCCGUGACUCACAGGGAGGGCUGCCCCACGCUGCCGCCGCCGCUGACGCUGCUGCCGGCCACGCUGGACGGGCGCGCCAACGGCGAGAAGGCGCGCGUUUCGCCGGCGGCCACGACGGCCUACAUGACUCAGUCCAUCAUGCCGCAGCACGCCAACACCCUCGGCAUCACGUUUGGGGGGCAG